AUGGUUCAGAAGAAGCCAGGAGGGUGGAGGUGUCUUAGAGGAGAUAGUGGGAACAUUGGACCCAUGCCCUUGCAGGCUGUGUGGGAGCCGGAGCUGCACAGGAAGAGGUGGUGGAAGCCAGUCAAUACAACCAUGCCCUGCUGGCCUCGGAGACAGGCUCAGACCUGGUGGGUGCUCCUGUUUCUCUUGGUCUUCCUGCUCCUGCUGACUCAUGCAUGGUGUACCAAAGAGGAAAAUUACCUCAGUGACCAAAAAACCAUAGAGGAGUACUUUCCAGCCACCAUGGAGUAUGCCUUGCAUACAUUCAACCUCCAAAGCAGGGACACUCACGCCUCCAGACUGCUGCGCAUCCUGAGUGCCUGGAAGGAACAGGUAGAUUACAUGCUAGCUUUCUCCAUGGAGCUGGAGCUGGGUCAGACUAGAUGCAGGAAAUUUGAAGAGGACAUUGACAACUGCCCCUUCCAGGAAAGGCCAGAGGUAAGCAAUGGUAGGCACAGAACCUUUAGCUGCUUCUUCACCAUCAGCACCCAGCCCUGGAGAACCAAGUUUGACCUCCUGAACAGCACCUGUGAGGAGUGCAUCCCAGACUCCUGA